GUUGCUAACAGGCAGGAAAACACCUUCCAUCUGUCUGCAGCUUCCGCAGCUCCGAGCACAUGAUCUGCACUGACACACCGAAUCAAACGCACCCAGAGGACCCGAAGAGAAGCCGGAGGGCCCGCUCAGUCCCUUAGGGAUCCAACACGUGGUCCGAGAGCCCGGGAGGGGACGAGGCGGGAGCUGAAGAUUCACUCAGGCCGACAGUGAACGCCGCUGUGAGCAGCCCUGCAGCCUCUCUGCUUUCACCUCCCGACGAGCGCCACAUCACCUCACGAUGACUCCUGCCACCAAUCUCAGCACCGGCGGCGCUCCGGAGGAGAAGCCCUGCAUCGUCAACGACCAGAUGGGACCCUUCACAGUUGUCUACAUCCUCAUCUUCAUCAUCAGUCUGCCUGGAAAUCUGGUGUCAGUGUGGGCGUUCAUCCGCAGCCCCAGAGCCAAGAAGAGCGCCAGCAUCUACCUGAUUAACCUGCUGGUGGCCGACCUGCUGCUCCUGCUCGCGCUGCCCUUUAAGAUCAUGAAGGACCUCGGGGUGGCGCCGUGGAACCUCAUGGUGUUCCACUGCCAGGCCAGCGCCGUCACCAUCUACAUCAGCCUCUACGCAUCCAUCGCCUUCCUCGCCUUCAUCAUCACGGACCGCUACCUGCAGGAAUGCCACACUGUGCGCUCUCUGCGGCUGCAGGAGGUCGGCUUCGCCCGGCUGCUGUCGCUGGUCGUCUGGCUGCUGCUGCUGCUCAUCAUGGUGCCCAACAUGGCCCUGCCCAUAAAACAGGUCAAGGAGCAGACCUACCUCAGCUGCUCUUCACUGAAGAAGGACAUCAGCCUCCACUGGCACGCCCUCACCGUCUUCCUUUGCACGGCGCUGUUCCUCAACGCCUCCGCCGCCACGCUCAUCUCCAGCACCCUGGCUGUCAAAAAGCUCCUGCGCAGCCGCAGCGACCCCAAACUCUGGGCGAACGCCAGGAGGGUGGCGGCAAGCGUGGCAGCUGUGGCGUUGGCCUAUGUAUUCAGCUUCGUCCCCUACCACGUGGUCCGCACGCCAUACACGCUGGCCCAGACCAAAGUCAUCACAGACUGUGAAACCAAGAAGCGGCUGUUUCUGGGGAAGGAGUCCACUCUGCUGCUGAGCGUGCUCCACCUCUGCUUCGACCCGCUCAUCUUCUUCUACCUUAACGCCCCGUUCAGACACGCCAUCAGAAAGCUGUUUCCCUGCCUCGGAAACCACGCCAUCAGAGACGCAAAGGAAGAGGCGGCAAAGGAAAUGAUGCAGCCGGCGACCUCUGCACAGCAGGAGGCUGCAUGCUAACCGCACCGUCUCCUCCAGGAUGGUAGUUAGCUUAGCACAAUGACUGGAAACUGUUAGCUUAAAAUGCACUCUUGAAAGACUACAAACAUGGACUAAAGACUUACAGACGCUCCUCCAUGUUCAACAGGAUUCAACUUAUUAAACUUAGAGAUUAUUACUCACUGUUCAGUUUUUAUCAGUGUGACGGAUGUUAAUAAAAUGAGGACUAACAGGUGAAAUUAUUAAAACUCUGUGAUGCUGUUA